AUGGCCGAUGAUCCUGAACCAAAUGGCGAAGAAAUGAAUGCUAUUACAAAACGACCACGUCGAACAAAACGAAGUAAUGACUUUCUUCUUCGUCGUAAUCAGUCAGAAACACGACAAAUAUCAUCAAAAAUGAAAUCUGAACGAAUUGAAAAUCAAAUAAAUGGUGGACGAGAUCCACCCGAUCCAUUUGAGAUCGGCGAAAUUGUAUGGACUAAAUUGCAUGGAUACCCUUGGUGGCCCGCUUUGAUAUUUGGCUGUUUUUCAGAAAAUGGCACUCCCCACACAAAAAUAGUAGGCAAUUGGGUGUUUACAGCAUCAUUACUGAAAUAUUCAGGUCUGAAAGAUUUUAUUCAAAAUGCAGAGACAGCCGUUCAACAAACAACAUCGAAACUAGAGCAAGAAAAAUUAGCUAAUCGUUAUCAAUUGAAAGUUAGUGUUCAAAGUCGUUUACGAUGGGACGGUGCUAUUGCAGAUGCUGACCGCGCAUUGAGUAUGCCAAAAGAAAAACGAAUUGAAGAAUUUGGUGAUCUAAUAAAGGAUAUUUUGGCAAAAGCAAAGGGUUUGGAAUCUGAUCCUUCAACAAAUGUCAUUGAAUUAGACAAUGAAGCAACGAACAAGAAAUUAGCAACUACAAAACAGCGAUCAUCAACGUCAUCACGUACAUCAUCUGUAUCUCGAAAAAUAAUUCCUCAACGAUCACCAACAAAAAAAACAGCUCAUACCAAACGUUCGCCAACAUCUCUUGCAGAGAAAAACCCGACAAAAAGUUCUUCAAAUAGUCGUUUAUCAACAAAUAAUGAAUCAAAAAUAAAUAAAUCAAAUCAGUUAACAGUACCAACCACUAAUAAUACCACUCCAUUUGGCAAACGAAAGUGGAAUAGUGAAGAAAAUGCCGGUGACUGUAUUGUAACAUCUGAAACCACUAAAAAAUUACAUUAUAUGACAUCGAAUGAUAUUAGUCCAUUAUCAUUACAACAUGACAUAGCAAAUAAAACUUCGGAGCUAGCUGAAAUUCAAAUGACUUCAUUACACGCAGGUCUACCAAUGUUGACAAAAUAUGAAGAGAAAAAAAUAGCAGAUGAUUUGAUUAAUUAUCUGGGUGAUCAACUGUUAACAUUGGAUGAUGCACAAACAUUUGCGUGUGAACAAGCGAUGGAAAUUAUCAAUGAAAAUUUUGGUUAUCGUAUGUCUUGUGUUCAAGUCGAAUGGUUUUAUGAUCUUUUACUUAAACAUCCACAAAUUUUCUUUAAACAUCAUCAUUGGUUCGAUCAUCACCAACUUGGAACAAUUCCGACUCAUGGUGAUCCAAUUGAUCUAAAACGGUGGGAGUGUCAGGCCAUAUUGCUUGCACAAAUGUUAAAAGAAAAAGAAAUAACAGAAGAUAGCCAGCAGCAACAGAAUCUACGAUCGAGUCGACUUAAAUGA